AUGGUGACUGAGUCCGGGAAAAGAAGCUGUCAUUAUAAAAAUGACGAUGAUCCAGUGCGCACUGAAGUACCUGCCGCAAUAUUAAAGUGUAAACGAGCUGGUAUCACAGUAAGGAUGGUUACCGGUGAUAAUAUCAACACAGCGCGAGCUAUUGCUACGGAAUGUAAUAUUCUGGAGCCUGGCGAAGAUUUUCUUGCGCUCGAGGGCAAAGAUUUCAAUUCAAUGGAAAUCGUUGCAGUGACAGGCGAUGGUACAAACGAUGGACCCGCACUGAAGAAAGCUGAUGUCGGUUUUGCCAUGGGUAUAGCAGGCACCGAUGUGGCCAAGGAAGCGUCCGAUAUAAUCCUGACUGAUGAUAAUUUCACAUCGAUCGUAAAAGCAGUAAUGUGGGGACGAAACGUGUACGAUUCAAUAAGCAAAUUCCUGCAAUUCCAACUAAGCGUCAACGUGGUGGCGGUAUUGACUGCAUUUGUGAGUGCAUGCACCAUAUCGGACUCACCGCUAAAGGCCGUUCAUAUGCUCUGGAUUAACCUAAUCAUGGAUACCCUGGCAUCCUUGGCGCUCGCAACUGAAAUGCCUUCCGAAGACCUGUUGAAUCGGAAACCUUACGGACGGAAGAAAUCAUUGAUAUCGAGAACUAUGGUCAAAAAUAUUUGUUGUCAUGCCCUUUAUCAGCUAGUCAUUCUAUUCAUUCUGCUCUUUCAAGGAUAUAAAAUUUUUGAUAUAGAAAGUGGCAUCUACGCGCCUUUGUUCUCGCCGCCCAGCCAGCAUUUCACGAUCGUUUUCAAUGUUUUUGUCAUGAUGACUCUCUUCAAUGAGAUCAACUGCAGAAAAGUUCACGGUGAAAGAAACGUUUUCCGGUACGGAGGAUCCUGGUUUUCAACCGCUCCACUCAGUCACUCUCAGUGGUUUGUCUGCCUAGCCAUUGGUGUCUCGUCCCUGGUGUGGGGACAGGUCGUUGCAACAAUACCUAGCAAGAAACUACCAAAGAAGCUGGCUUACGGAAGAGAGAUACCGCUGCCUGAUGAGGUUUAUGGCGAUGGAGGAGCAGGAACGUACAAUCGCUGGUGGGCUGUAGUACCUCGUAGAUCUGGCAGACAGCUCUGGUACAAAGGCUUCGCGCUGUUUGGCCUUCAUGUAAGUUCGAUAAAUAAAUCACGGAUAAGUGCUGACUGCUCAGGCUAA